AUGGCAAGGAAAAGACCGAGAAUUAGAUUUAAACUACUUACAGAUCGGAAAGAAAAAGGGGGAUUCUCGGUACCCAAUCUGAAAUUAUACUUCGAGGCCUCCUGCCUCUGUUGGAUCAAAGAUUGGAUUAAUUUGGAAAACACUGACCUCCUAGACCUAGAAGGCUUCAACAACAGAUUCGGUUGGCACGCCUAUUUGUGGCUAAAUAAAGAAAAGGUACACAAUGGUUUUUCAAACCACAUUAUUAGAGGGCCACUAUAUGAAGUUUGGGAGAGAAAUAAAAAAACUUUUAGAAUGGAAAACACCCUGGUGGUUAUCGCCAAUCGACAUUUUAACUAUCAAAAAAAGCAAAUAUGGAAGGAGAAAGACUGA